ACUGAGGGAUGUGAUUGCUGAAGCCGAGGAUGCUGCCUUUCGAAUCCGUGUCCAGGUUCCUUGUGAACAUGCCAAGGGUGGUAGUGGAUCAGAAAACAAAGUUCGAAUCCGAUGAUUUGUUUAAAAAGUUGAGUCGAGAAAGCGAGGUAAGGUAUACUGGCCACAAGGACAGGCCCAUUGAUGAAAGACGAAUGAAAUUCAAAGCAGCAUGUAAAGAAGGAUACACGGAAGUAGCAUUUGUGAGCACUGGAAUAAAUUUUCAACUUUUCUUCGGUCCUUAUGCCGAUGGUUGCCGGGAUCGUUGUGAAUUCGAACAAGACAAAGGAAAGGUCCACCUGACCAGUAGUUUCAUCAUGAACGGUGUGUGCGUUAGGUGGCGGGGCACCCUGGACCUUGAAAGGCUGGAUGGUGUCGGAUGCCUGGAGUUUGACGAGGAACUAGCUCGGGUAGAAGACGCUCGUCUUCAACAACAAAUUGAAGCUUAUAACAAAAGAGUUCAAGAUUUAGAGGUUAAACAGAGGACAUUCAUGCCACCUCGAAUGAAAAGACCUCGAAACGAAGUUACUGCUAUUGAAGAGACAAGUCCAAGCAGUUCGGGAUCCAUAAGCAACUAACAGAGUUGAUAUUUCUUUGUACUUGCCUUCAGACGUGUAAAUAUGUGACAAUUUCAAAAUUCUGACUUCGAAAUCUUCUACCUGAUUCUCAGAAAGAACUGUAAAUAAAACUGAAUGUUAAGUUUUAGAUAUCUUAUAUGUAUUCUUUAAUUUAAAAUAAAAGCUCCUAAUAAAUUUAUGUUUAAUUUAUCA